UUAAGCUUUUACUAAUGCUAUACACCAUCAUCAAAAAAUAUGACAUAAUCUAAUUUUUUACUUAAAAAUUUUUUGUUUUCUCUCUUGGAAUAUUAAUUUACUUCGUAUGAUAACGUUUUAGACAUCAAAACCUAUUUUUAUCGACUUCUAUUCGAUCAUGAGUCAUCGUGGAGGAGGGCAUGCUCAACGGAAACGUAAAAAUUUUAAGGCAGAAAAGCCAGGAGAAAAUACGAAUGAAGAAGAUCUAUCACCCAUCGCAAAGGUGUUUUUAGGUUACCAAACUGAACUAGAUGCGCGCUAUGACAAACAUGAAAGGUUGAUCAAGAAGAGCAGAGACUUAACCAUCGAAAGCAAACGUAUUAUAUUUCUUCUUCAUAGAAUUUCAAAGUAAGUCAUUUACUACAAA